CCUUUCUAGAGAAAUCCGUUCUACUUCCGACCAGCCGUCCUUGACGAUGAGUUCGGGAGAAUGGUGCCGGAUCCACGUGAUCUUGCAGCCGUACGCCGCCGCGCCGUCCUCGCCCUUGAUCCACCGGUCCGCCACCGGGAUGCGGUCGCGCCAUCACGUGUUGCAGGACUCGAUCUCGCACGUGCGGCCGCUGCUGAAGAAGGCGUGGCACGGGGAGGCGAGGAGUGCGGCGAUCAGUAGCUGUCGCGGCGCCAUCGUCUUGCGAGCGCUGCGAAAAGCCACGUGUAGCUGCGCUCCGCCGACGCGUCCUCCGGCGAGCUCGCGCGCUGCGAUAUGCAAGGGCGGGCUGUCCGCUGACUCCUUCGGCUCUCCACGCCUCGUCGACGCGAGAGACGUCGAGAUCCCGCGGAAAAAUCCAGUGAAAAGUUAGCUAGCGUCGUGUAAAGACACUAGCCGCGCUCGACAUUUUUGCGCGCCGUCGGCUUAGGAGCUCGUAUUGCAUCGCUGCGCGGUCCUCAGACCAGGCAUUUGUCGCCCUCAAUAGCUGCAGCGACGCGCGGAACGCUGUCAUCGCUGCUGUGGCAAAGCACUCAAGGCCGACACAAAUCGGCUUUACGGCGCGCGACGCAGCGAAGCAAUGCCGCGGGCCACCCUCCUCCUGCUCACAAUAACAGCGAACGCCGCCUUCUUCGGCCGCCAGCGCAAGCCGGACGUGCCGGCGGGCGGCCUCGCCUGCGACGGCGGCUACACGGCCGUGCCCUCGUCGUAUAUCAAUGAUGAUUAUUGCGACUGCGCCGACGGCGCCGACGAGCCGCGCACUUCUGCGUGCUCCGGCGUCACGGCCCUAAAACGCUUUGCAUGUGCCGAUGGCUCCGGAGUCCCCGCGUCGCGCGUCGGCGACGGCGUCUGCGAUUGCUGCGACGGGAAGGACGAAGCGGAAGGUACGUGCGAGGACACCUGUGCUGCCGCCGCUGAGGCCGCCGCCGCCGCAGCGGCGGCGGCCGAGGCCGAGCGGUUGAAAGGGCUCGCGAGACGCGCCGAGUACGUCGAACAGUAUAAAAAUGAUAUCGCGGACGCGGAGACUCGUCGUGAUGACGCGCAGCGGCUCCUCGACGAAAUAGAUGAAGACGGCCCGCGCCAGCGAGUAGCUUCGUACGAGACGGAGGCGACGGCACGGCGGGACGCCGCCGUCGCGAAGGCGGACGUCGACGCGGCCGCGCAGCGCGAGGCCGCUUUGCUAGGUGAAGCGCCCGCAUCCAUAGCAAGGGCCGCCGUCGCGCUUUGUGUUGUUGCUGAUAAUAUCGAGGCUUUGCUGGAGGCGGUGCACGAGAACCUGCCCUCGGAUACUAUCGAGGACGCCGACGUCCUGUCGCUCGGUGCCGCGGCGGCGUCCUGCCUUCCGCGUCGAUGGCGUAAGAGCGGUACGCCGUCGCUGCGACGCGUGCACGCCAUCGCCGCGACGCGCCGUGCGCAGGUCAUGACACCUUGGAGGCGCUCAACGACGCGCAGGAAGGCGAGGAGGCCAAGCGCGCCGACGCCGCGUCGCUGGCGCGGACGCGGCUGCAGGGAUUAUUAUCUGGACUGCCCUUUUCCGACGACGCGCCGACGACGAAGGCGGCGACAGAGGCCCUCGCCGCCUGCGCGAAGACCGACGCGACGCAAGCGAAGCAGCGCCUCGUACCGCUCUACGACGUCGGCGGCGCCUUAGCUGGGAAGGUGCUCCCCGUGGAACGGCCCUCGUCAGAUAUGGAGGCCUACCUAGCAGCCGACGCGUCGGAAGCGAAAAAACAAUUGGAGGAGGCCGAAGCCACGAAAAAAACGGCCGAGACCGCGCUGCGGGACGCCCAAAAGGUCCUCGACGGCGAUGCAGGGCCAGAUGGCGCCUACCACGUCCUGCGGGAUAGGUGCUUCUCGGUCAAGGUCAGCCAGUACACGUACGAAGUGUGCGCGUUCGGUCGAGCAAAGCAGGACCACACGUCGCUGGGAAGUUUUCGGGAAUGGCGCGCGGACAACACGAAGUGGUAUUUUGGGGGCGGCCAGCACUGUCCCGGGCGCGGCGCGCGGGAUUUGGUCGUGUCCUUGCGCUGUGGCUCCGAGGAGUGGCUCGAAAACGUCGGCGAGCCGGAGACGUGCUCUUAUGCUGCCGAUCUGUAUACGCCGGCGGCUUGCGGUUAAGCGCGAGGCGCGAGUUUCGCGCCACGCCGCGCCGAAGUAGUACGUGCGCCGCGGCGAUGGCGUGCGCCGCUGGUCCGUUUUCUUUCGAUUUAACAAUGUGUAGUAAAGGUGGAUCAGCAAAAGAGAAGG